UUAAUGCAACGUGUGGCCGUAGAUGAAGUCACAAACAUUUCAGCUGCAGUGUCCUCCCACAGAGCGGCCCGCACAGACGGGGCAUUAUGCUGCCGGGUACCAGCUGGUACCACGACUCCUCAUCUUCCUCUGUACUUCACGCGUGGCUCUGUGGACUCUGAACAUGGAGCUGGCCUGGAGGAGCAAACCUGUGGACCUUCUCUUCAGAUGUGCUGUGUGCUUCUCUGUGGUUUCUGUGGCUCAGAAAAGAUUGUGUACAGUGCCUCCCGGCCCUGUCAGCAUCGCAGAAAACAACACGGCUGACGUGCAGGUGGUGAAGAUCAUCUCCAGCGCUGACGUGACUCUGGCGGUCUCCGUGAACCCGGAGAAUCUGUUCUACAUCAAAGGCAGCAUCCUGAUGAUGAAGAAAGGCCUGGAUUAUGAGUCAUUGCCCAGUGCAGCUCUGGUGGUGUGGGUGCUGUGUUCCAGAGCGGGAUCCACAACUGUGAAUGAGUCUGUGGAGGUCUUGGUGGAGAAUGUGAACGACAACCCACCCAACUUCGCUCAGAACCACUAUGUUCUGGAUGUGAAUGAGCUCCUCCCCAUCAACUCCAGCAUCGGGCUCCUGCAGGCCACAGACGUGGAUUCAGAGCCGCUCUACUACCGCCUGGAGUCUGCCACGGACAAAUACUUCCGUCUGGAAAGCGUGACCUCUCCCAGGAUCCUGGUGAAGAGCAUCCUGGACUAUGAUGCUGUGCAGAAGGUGUCCUUGGUGCUGCACGUGCAGGACACGUUCAACGGCUCGGCCUCCAACGAGCCCUUCUUCACCUCCGUGGCCUCCAUCACAGUGCAGGUGAAGGACAUGGACAACCGCCCCCCCUGGUUUCAGCCCUGUCAGAGGAUCAGCUUUGGGGCUGCCAAACUGUGUGUGAGCAGCGGCUACAGAGGGAGGGUCAACCUGACCGAGAAGGAGGAAGGCCCGCUGGUUCUGGAACCCGGUCCAGUGUUUGCCAGAGACGGAGACCGGAACCGGAGUGAGCUGAUCAGCUACAGAAUCCUGCGAGGAAACGAAGGGAACAUUUUCCAGAUUGACGAGGAGACGGGGAACAUCUCCAUGACCAAAGCGGCGGAUGUGUUAGGCCCCAUAUCCCUCACAAUCCUGGCGUCCCAGGUGACCAACAGAGACCAGUUUGCUGUGACACAGGUGACCAUCGAGGUGAUGAAGAAGAGCAGGAACCCACCUCGCUUUGAGAAGGAGCGUUACGAAGGAUUCAUCUACAGUAACUCUGUUCCCGAGAGCAUGGUUCUCCGAGACCGGAGCACCAACCGGCCCUUCCGGGUCCGGGCUCAGGAUGAGGACUUUGCCGCCGGGCUGAAUCCAGAUGUGAGGUACGAGGUUCAGUACAGCAGCUACGUCAACGUGACCUCUGACGGCUUUGUGGUCCUGAAGAGAGUGGUGAAGACCGAGUCCUUCGCCCUCCAGCUGCGUGCCGUGGACGCGGUGACCGGCGAGUUUGGAACGGCGGCGCUCUCCGUUCAGGUCAUUCCCGCUGUAGCCAUCCCCUCCCCCGCAAACACUGGCUAUCGCCCAGGCGACAUGGCGCUGCUGGGCCUCGUCAUGGCGGCUCUGCUCGUCCUUUCCCUCAUCGUGAUUGGCUUCCUGGUUUCCCGCUUGUGGAAGGGAAAGUCCAGUUUGGGAAACUUGUGUCAGUGCCUGCAGGGCGAGGAGCCCCGGGCCGGACGCCGAGACUCCCUGCAGUACACCAAUGACGGCUUCCAGAACGAGUCCGACCGCGGGGGGGUCCGCCGCUGGAACGCCACUCCCAGGCGCAGCACCUUUCCCCAGCCCCGGGGCCGGGUCCUACCCCUGGAGAGGCGGGGCCACUGCGCCUCCUGCGGCAUCUACAGCAACCACGUCCCCAAGGGGAGCCCCGUGAUGAGGCCCAGCAGGAGGGGCCGAGGAGACGGGGACGAGCUCGGCGUGAGGUCCAUCCUGUCCCAGCAGCCGCGCCGGGAGGGGGGGAAGAGCGUGUGGUUCAAGCAGAGCGACGACUCCUCCGACAUCGAGGUGGAGAUCAUCCCGGACGCUGUGGGCCGGGUGGAGGAGGAGACUGAGGAGGAGCUGGAGGUGGAGAUGGAGGACGUGGUCAGAGACCCUGCCGCACCCAUGAGGCCCCCCGAGGACGUGCCCGACAGUGAGCGCGUGCAGACCAGUGAGGAGCAGAACCCCACAGAACCUGCAGAACCGGGCUCAGACAGGGGGGAGGUGGGGCAGCAGGAGGAGCGCUGAUGGCGGGGGUCAGAGGUCAGACUGAACAAACAGCCUAGGAGCACCUGUGAGGGCGAGGGGGAUGGACAGCCUUUUUUUUACUUUCACAUCCCACCCCCCUGACGCUGCAGCACCUAUGGAGACCAAAGUUCUGCGGUUCUCACAGGUUCUUCACGUUCCAUUCAGACAGACUAAACGUGUGCCCCGCCCCCCAGCGCAGCAGACACAAACCACGCUGAAGCGGAGCGGCUCUUCAGAAAACAUCAACAUGGUCACAGGUCUGAGUAACCCCCUCCUGUAGGGGGGGGUGUCUCCCAUUGUCCCGGCGCUUCCCGGUGGGAAUCUAUUACUCUGGAGUUCUGAACAUUAAGAGCACGCCUGAUGUUUCAGCAGAAACUGUCGGGUUUUCCAUGCAGGUGGGACACAGACCAGGUACGGCGGCUGCAGGGUUAAAGCCACGGCAACGUUGACCUGAAGGCCGGAGUUUGUUCACGGUGACCCCCGGUGAGGUUGGGAAAACGUUCUCACAGAUCCUCAUGCGAAUAUUAACCUUGAUCCCCCAAGAACGGCCCUUCAAGUUGUACUACAGUAAAAGUAUCAUUCUAGUAGAAGUACAAAAGUGAAUAAUUUCCUUCACAGUUUUUCAUCUUUUUGGCGUCAAUAAAGUUUUCACCAUCAUGUUGGAUAGUCAGGGAUGCGUUGGCUGACAUCCGUUUCUUAACCGAACCUACAACUUCCUUUAGUAAAUACUGAAAAAUAUAUAUAUUUCUAUUUAUCUCAAAAUUUUGUCCCAUUUUUGCGUCCUACAUAAGUGUUAGAUCAAUGUUCAAUAUAAAAAUCAGCGUUUUCGUCAGACGUUUCAAAAGGGUCUAGCCUGUUGAGGCUUGUUGUAGAUGCGCUGAUGCGUCCAUAGUGGUUCCAUAGUUGAUGGUCAAGUUAAUGGUUCCAUUUCUGGACAGAAUUCCCUAAAAUCGGUUUGUUUUCAUUAACGUGCCUCUACUAUGGUGCAAAAAUGUUACACAUCUGGACAGUCACAGUCCAUUGUAACCAUUGUGUCCAUUGUAAAGUGUGCCGCAGUAAAACUACUUUCUAUGCACAAAGUUACUGAAGUAAAAGUAUCUCAGUUCUUUAAGCUUUACCCAAGAGCUCCACACAGAGCUCCAUUAACUCCGAGACAUCUUUGUACUAAACCCUUCAAAUUCUGAUCAUGUUGGUGAAAAGUAUAACAAGCUGUCCUGUUUAGUUUUGUAAAGUGACUGAAAAUGUUGAAUAAAGUUUUCUGGUGGUGGGAU